AUGCAGGCUUUUUCAAGAUGUGCCAGACCUGCGAUGCAGGCUGCUAUGAGAAGACAAGGUUAUUCUACUUCGACCUCUGCUUAUGCUGCUACCGCGGAAAACCUUCGUAUCACUAAGGAUACUAGAGUUAUCUACCAAGGUUUCACUGGUAAACAAGGAACUUUCCAUGCCCAACAAGCCAUCGAAUAUGGUACAACUGUUGUUGGAGGUACAAACCCAAAGAAGGCUGGACAAACUCAUCUCGAUUUACCCGUUUUCGCAACCGUCGAACAAGCUGUAAAGGAAGCCGGUGCUACAGCUUCUGCUAUCUUCGUCCCACCCCCUCUUGCUGCUGCCGGUAUUGAGGAGGCUAUCGCUGCUGAAAUUCCUUUGGUUGUGUGUAUCACUGAGGGUAUCCCACAACAUGACAUGGUUCGCAUUACAGAUAUUUUGAAGACUCAAGGAAAGACACGUUUGGUUGGACCCAAUUGCCCAGGUCUCAUUGCACCAGGACAAUGUAAGAUUGGUAUUAUGCCAGGGUUCAUUCACAAGCGUGGACGUAUUGGUAUUGUUUCUCGUUCAGGAACUUUGACUUAUGAGGCUGUCAACCAAACUACACAAGCUGGAUUGGGUCAAUCUCUUGUUGUUGGUAUUGGUGGUGAUCCAUUCUCUGGAACCAACUUCAUUGAUUGCUUGAAGGUAUUCCUUGAAGAUGAGGAGACUGAUGGUAUUAUCAUGAUUGGAGAAAUCGGAGGAUCUGCAGAAGAAGAUGCUGCCGAAUUCUUGAAGGAUUACAACACUGCUAAGAAGCCAGUUGUCAGCUUUAUCGCUGGUAUCUCUGCUCCUCCUGGACGAAGAAUGGGACACGCUGGUGCUAUUGUCAGUGGUGGAAAGGGUGGUGCCGAUUCCAAGAUCUCAGCUCUUGAAGCUGCAGGUGUAAUCGUUGAGAGAAGUCCAGCAUUGCUCGGAAAGACAUUACAUGCUGAGUUCAUGAGACUUGACAUGAUUUAAGGAUAUUAUUUUGUGAAUAGAUAAAGGGGCGAUGAUGAUGUGCAUUUGGUUUUAAUGGUUUUCUUCAAUACCUCAUUCCUGUAC